GCGCGCACGAAUACAAGCCAGAUCAAGUGAAGACUGGAAAAAAAAAGAAAGCAUGGCUGUUUGCACGUUGCUUCUUAGGUCUUGUAACAAAAUACACCACAGAAAUUCGUGGCAAACGUUUCAACAGUUGCUUACAAGAAGCUACGCAAAAAAGGCAACUGCAGCAGCUUCAGCGGGACUCAGCAUCCAACCCAAGAAAAAAAAGCUACCAGUAGAAACGGAUCCAGAAAAACUCGUGCGCUUCUGCUGCGGCAGCAACAUACUCAAGGAAGGCCAGGACGUCGAGCUCGGUCCUGAUGACUCGUACCCGUCCUGGCUGUGGGAGCUGCCGCUGAACGGACCACCGCCGUUGUCGGAGAUGGACCCAGAGACUCCCGAGUACUGGGAAUCUCUGCACCGGCGAGCGCUGCUGAACCAAAACAGGUUGCUCAGUAAAAGGCCCAAAGUUCAGAUGCGCAUCAACGAGAAGGAGAAGAUUCGAAAGCUUAAGGCUUUACGCUUCCGCGCACUUGCAGCGUACCACUACGACCCAGGAGUGCCGCUGCGCGAGUACGAGGAACAGCUGAAACGAAACAGGCUCGACUGGUGAUCGCUGUACAACGUGCGCGCUGUGGACUACUGCCAAACUUGCUGGCAUAUUUUUAUGGUGUUUUUUUGCCGAGUACGGCAGUCGGAGUGGCGACAAUUUCUUCCUCCGCGCACUUGACGGGCAUCACGCGUUGGACGAACUCAUUACUUGCUCGUUACGCUGUGCAAUGCGUGUUCUAGGGACUAUUACUCUGAAAAUGGCGCAGUUAAUUAUUUUGCUCCUUUAUGAGAUACUGGUUCAAACACACUUCUUAAAUAUUAUUUACAACCAACUGCAUAAUAUUCGCUUGUGCACCUGAAAACAUCGUACUGCCACGUUUUGACUUCAUUAAGUUUUACUUUAGCAGCACCCUGUCAUCACUACACUAUUUACAUGAAAAAUUUACAGGCACAGGAAUCUAUGAAGGAGCCGUUUACAUGCAGCCCAGGCACACAGCCUGCAAGUUUUAGUAGUAUAUGUGGCGUUGUAGUAGACUUGUGGCUUCUUCACCUCUUGACAAACUGCAGUGCAACAUUGCACUUAAAUUGACUUCUUUCAUGGAACCUGCAACCCGAAUACCGAAAAUGUACAGGUGUGGAGAAAAGUAAUUGGAACAUAGGACCUGUGACUGAACUAAGCCCUCUAAAUAAGCAGGGAGCUUAGGCCAAACUGCAUUCCACUGUUCCUCCAGGAGGAAGCUAAAAAUUUCAUCACACAUGCCCCGCCUGGCACUCGUAACCAGUUCACACCUUUCAGUCUUGCUUCUAUCCGUGAAUCAAAGUGCUCAGUUUCUGCUGCAAAAAUUCACUAGUGUGACAGCACAGCUGCACUCCCAUGUGAUGAGGACAUGUGUAGCGCAUACAAAAUGCAGAACAGCUGUGCUACCAGCACCAUCACUCUGGGGAGUGUCUACACACAAAAGCUGCGACCAAAGGAUGAAGAAACAGAGAAGUGUUAAAUGGCUAUGGUUGCUGGCCUGUGCAUAUGCACCAUCCAAUUCCUUGCUUCCCCCAAGGCUGCUAGAGAGCACUGGGACGCAGUUUGGCCACAGCUCUCGCAAUCCAAAUACCUUUGCGUGCACGCUAAUGCUAGCCUGGUGUAGAAGGAGCCUGCAUGCAAGAGACUUGUGCAUUGUUAAGUGGAUAUUGCGAAGUCCUCAUCGCUGUACUCUGUCUUAGGAACAGUACAAAAUUGAGUUGUAAUAAAGGCACUACAAUCAUUUA